UCUCCCUCUUUCUCUCUCUAGGAGAAUCGAAAAACAUCGCGCAUCAAAGUUAGGGUUUCGCGAAACUUCGCAUUCAAAUUAUACUCAACCAGAUCCGGAUCUCUGCUCAAGAAUCGUGUGUAUCACUUCGCGAUCCAGUUGUCUGUCUGCUAAUACCAUUUCUGUGCCUCGCCGUGAAGAAUAGGAGACAAGCCGAUGCACAACCGUUGAUUCGGAUCUUCAAUUGGUAAAACGUUGCAUGUUGAGGCAUUAACAUGGGGAGCAAUGCUCUGGUGGAGGAGAAUCAUCAGAGUGACAACUGUAAUAUUGUAACAAAGUCUGUGGGAUCGUCCAUUAAGAUAGACUCUAUAUCUAUAGAUCUGGUCAGCCCUAAUGAUAAGGGUAACGCAGCAAAGUGUGAGCAUUUUUCCAUAUGUGGCUAUGUAUCUGAAAUGCGCCAAAAAGAUUGGAGGAAGUGCUGGCCAUUUUCUUUAGACCAUAACCCUAGGCAAGAGAUUGGCUCAAAAGUUGAAGUGAGCUGGAAGAUUCCUUCAUUAAGUUAUGUUGCAACAGAAGAUGUUUCUAACCUGAUGCAGAAAAGACAUAAUCCUGAUGGCACAGUAGCUUUCCGAGCACGAUGUAGUGGAUCAGGCAAUUUUUGUGAGCCUGCAUGUGGACAGGUUGAGCAUGCUGAUAGAAACCUCAAUUGCAUGGCCAGCAUUCAUGUUGUUGAAACUUGUAGCAAAGGAAAAGAAACCUCUGCAGAUAGCCAACUUACUGAGUUAAUGACCGCUUGUGGAACAGCUGAGGAGGAUGACGAGACACUUAAUGCAAACAAGCGACAUGCAACCAGACAUCCUUCUGUUGAAUCAGAAGAGUGUGAUUGCACAUCAUCUGAAAAUGUUGCAAUCCCCAUUGGAAAUAACCUUCGGGAUCAUCAUCAUGACAAGGCAAUAACCUUGCAUCGUAGAAAAACUAGGAUGGUCCGUCUGCUGACAGAAUUGUUGUGUGAAAAGGGAGAUGCGGACAGCAAUCAUUUCAGAAAGGAAGAGUCUUCGUCAAAUGCCAUUUCUGAUGAUGCUGAUACACUUUCUGCUCCCCAAGGCAUGGUGACUAUCCAAGGGAAUGUUCAGAGUACGGGUGCAAAUAGGAAGUUUCCUCGUGAUGAAGGAUGGAGAUCCACGAGUACAAGAUUUCUGGAUAACACAUAUAAAAUAGUUGGGGUCUUAAAAGGAGAUACAGAGACAAAAAAUGCAAUUGCAGGCCCUGAAUUAGAAAAAGAUCUAGUUUCUGGAAUGAGUUUACAAAGUGGUACGAAGAGCAAUGUUUCCAAAUAUAGAACUGGUAAAACCCCUAUUAUAUGUAAAAAGCGAAACGGAAGGACCCAUUUUCUUGAUGAAUGUCAGCCCUUAGGACCAUCUCGAAUGGAAGUGCCAAGAAAAAUUCAAGAUGAGACUGGUGUUGGUUACGAGGGUAAUGUUGAUGCUGAUUUUUCCUUCAAAUUAGCACAUAGUGCAUUUGUAGGCAGGGAGAUGGAUCUAUUUCCAUUGCCUGAUCAAAGAGCUAAGGGAAAGUCUACUUCAUGUGAAAAAAAGAGUAAGGUGCACCAAUCCGUUGAUUGGAAGGCUUCUUUAAUAACUUGGAGCACUGGCAUGCCCAAAGAAGGUCCAAGUAUGAGAAAGGAUGUACAAAUCAUGCCAACUGUGCCUGCAUCUGUUCCAUUUCAAUCAGCACAACUUCCUGCCACUGACAGAGGAUUAGAUCUCGCAUCAGAUGUCGAAGGACAUCAUUUUGGUUUCAGUAGCAACAAAGCUUCCUAUGGAGCACCUUUCUGUGAGGAGAAGCACAGCCACCCCUAUCUAGUUGAAAGUGGUGACCUAUCUCUGCUGCAGAAGAAGGAUUUUUCUAAUGCAAGCAAUGGUAAGAAAAAUAUCAAAAUACAUGAACAUUCGUCGAAAAAAGAUACAGAUCGAGCCGAAAACGGAUCAGAACAGGUUGCUGUGGAUGACGUACCCAUGGAAAUAGUUGAACUCAUGGCAAAGAAUCAGUAUGAAAGGUGUCUUCCUGAUGCUGAAAAUGAUAAAAUCCCUAUAGACUUGGACGACUUAACAAGAACCUUACAGACAAGGGAUUUCGAUAAACCUUGUAGCAGUGGUGCAUUUAGUUCAUUCCAGGGGGAAGAAGGUCACAAACAAAAGCCUUAUGCUAAAAAUGGUAGAAAUGGCACAAUUACGAGAUGCGAAAUUGUGGGAUCUGCUAAACAGAAGUCAGCCGACAACCUUUAUCAGGCUGAUAAAAACCAUUUGACUAUGAGACAACUUGGUCAAACUCAAACAUUGAUAGGGUCUAAGGCAUUUCUUCAGCAUCCGGAGGAACAGUCGAGUGGAUUUCAAUAUUCAGCUGGCAGCUCUAGCAGGCAACAUGUUUCCGAAAAUUGCAAAUGGAUUGAGGACAUGGUUGAGAAGAGGCCCCCUAAUGCUAGUUGUUGGCAGACCUUUGGACCAUGUAACAAAAGCCCUGGUGUUCCAUGGCAGAGCAAAGAAGGAGCUAAUAUUUGGCCAUCUAUCUUACCAAACAACAGCCCCUUCAGAUAUAACGUUCCUCAAAAGCAUGCUGUUACCAGUACUGAUAUAGAUUUGCUUUCGCAUUGUCCUGGCACUCUACAUAAAGGGAAUCCUAAUGGAGAGCGUGAUAUGAACUAUUUUAAUCAGAAAGCUGCCAGAGUUGGAAAGCAUAAGAAGAAUUGUGGUUCUAAAUCUAUUGGCAGGACACAUGCAGAGAACCUAUUUGCUUGCAGACAUGGUGCAAUGAAGCUUCAGCAUAAGAUGUCGGGGUCAUUAGAUCUGUAUGCUAAUGAAUCCAUACCAGCAAUGCAUUUACUCAGCCUCAUGGAUGCAGGCUUGCAGUCUAGUAAACCAAUCAGCAUGGAUGUAAACCCAAAGUUCCUUAAGAAACCUUUGAUGCCUCAUGACAGCCAACCUGAUUUUUCUGGGCUGGAGUCGGUUGUGAGAUCCCCAUCAUAUGAUUAUUAUAGUAAAAAUAAAUUCCCAGAGAAUUCUCGUGAACCUGUUCCUACCUUUCCAACAGAUGGUGCACCUGCUUCUUUGUUUCAACAUGAUAGAAGUUCCAAGAAGGCUGCUAAUUUUCCAGGUGAAGGUUCAUGGAAGUCUCGAGAGAAUAAGAAGAGAAAAGCCUCUACUUCAUAUGCUCAAAAUAAGAGCUGUGGACCACAUAAGUCUUUGUCCACUGGAGGAGGUUUUGGCACUGGUUCUGGAUCUGUUCCUGUUUGUUGUAAGCAGAAAAUGUUCCUUGGCAUUUCAGAUCCUAUGGUGUUUCCCAGCCGAUUUCGUGGUAUGCAAGGUUCAACAAAGAGCAUGGUAGAGGCCCCUUGUGCUACUGGGACUGUUCGUCCUGUGAACAGGAGUUCAGAGACUGAAGUCUGCAGUACUAACAGAAAUCCUGCUGAUUUUAGCCUGCCAGAAGCGGGAAAUCUUUAUACAAUUGGAGGGGAAGACCUGAAAUUCAGAGCUGCAGUAACUCAUGUUAAUAGGUCUGGCUUGGAGAAAUUUGAUGGCAGAAAGCGACAGCCAGAGACUCCUGGCAUGAAACAGCUUGUACGACAUCGAGCUUGAUUAGUCUUCCACUUUCAAUGCUGUGGGCAAGGUGUGCCAACUUCUGUGAAGGACAGAAUGUAACCCAAACCACGUACUUCAGGUUGUGCCUGUUCCAUUCCCAAAACCAUACUAGGAAGACAACUUGUUUGUAAGGUCAGGCUUGUAUAUAUUUUCAUAUGCCUGGACCUUUCACUGGUAACUCUUUUAUGUGUGUGUGUGCCAUCAAAUAUGUAUAAUGUUGUCGUUACCAUCCAUAAGAAUAGCCUCAAUAUUGCUGCCUCCGACGAAAUGACUAAAUAUGUCACUUCCAUGAUUUUUCUGAGCGCCAUCCCUUUCAGGGAAGUGGAAACACAGAACAGGGGUAUCAGCCAGCAUAAUACUUGAAUUCAGUUAUUUGGAGAACUUUCCAACUAUCAAUAAUAUUCACAGUUGUUCCUGAAUUCCUUGAGUUGUAAUUUAUGUGGCCUUCUGAGCCAGGGCAGAGAGACGUGUUACUGAACUUUGUGUUUGCUGAAAAUAAGAGCGAUACAUGAUGGCCACAAACAUGUGGAAAAUAUUACUUUUAGUAUGUUA